AUGGCUUCUUCGACGGCGGGAGUAAAGCGGCGCGAGACGUCGUCGUCUUCGGCGGCAAAAGCGGAAGACAAGCUGGUCGUGACUCCAUUAGGCGCCGGAAACGAAGUGGGUCGGUCUUGCGUUCACAUGACCUACAAGGGCAAAACCGUCCUUUUUGAUUGCGGAAUCCACCCGGCUUUCUCCGGCAUGGCUGCUUUGCCCUACUUCGAUGAGAUUGAUCCUUCCACUAUCGAUGUCCUUCUCGUUACCCAUUUUCACUUGGAUCAUGCUGCAUCCCUCCCUUACUUCCUUGAGAAGACCACUUUCAAGGGCCGAGUCUUCAUGACAUAUGCAACGAAGGCUAUCUACCAUUUGCUUUUGAAAGAUUAUGUGAAAGUCAGCAAAUUUUCAGUUGAAGAUAUGUUGUUCGACGAGAAGGACAUAAAUGCUUCUAUGGAUAAAAUUGAGGUUAUUGAUUUCCACCAAACAGUAGAAGUGGAGGGCAUCCGGUUUUGGUGCUACACUGCAGGUCAUGUCCUUGGUGCUGCUAUGUUUAUGGUUGAUAUUGCUGGUGUUCGGGUCCUCUACACUGGAGAUUAUUCACGUGAAGAAGACCGACACCUCCGUGCUGCUGAGAUCCCACAGUUCUCCCCUGAUAUAUGCAUCAUUGAGUCCACAUAUGGUGUCCAGCACCAUCAACCUCGAACCAUCCGAGAGAAGCGAUUCACAGAAGCUAUACACACAGCCAUCUCUCGAGGGGGUCGUGUCUUGAUUCCUGCAUUUGCUCUUGGUCGUGCCCAAGAGCUGCUCCUGAUUCUUGAUGAGUAUUGGGCAAACCAUCCAGAGCUCCAUAAUAUUCCUAUAUACUAUGCUUCCCCACUGGCAAAAAAAUGUUUGUCUGUUUAUGAGACGUACACCCUCUCAAUGAACGAUAGGAUCCAGAAUGCCAAAUCAAAUCCCUUCAUCUUCAAGCACAUAUCACCACUAAAGAGCAUUGAGAAUUUCAAAGAUGUUGGUCCCUCAGUGGUGAUGGCAAGCCCUGGUACUCUUCAAAGCGGGCUGUCAAGGCAGCUAUUUGAUAUGUGGUGCUCUGAUAAGAGAAAUGCAUGUGUGAUUCCAGGUUAUGUGAUUGAGGGGACACUUGCUAAGACAAUCAUCAAUGAACCGAAAGAGGUUACUCUUAUGAAUGGGCUUGCCGCUCCUCUCAACAUGUCCAUCCAUUACAUUUCAUUCUCUGCUCAUGCAGACUCUGUUCAGACAAGUGCAUUUUUGGAGGAGCUGAGGCCUCCUAACAUCAUUCUUGUUCAUGGAGAAUCUCAUGAGAUGGGAAGGUUGAAAGAGAAGCUAAUGACUCAAUUUCGUGAUCGGAACACAAAGAUCCUCACACCAAGGAAUUGUCAGUCGGUUGAAAUGCACUUCAACUCGCAGAAGAUGGCUAAAGCCAUUGGAAAAAUUGCUGAAAGGACCCCUGAAGUUGGUGAAAAAGUUAGCGGUUUAAUGGUUAAGAAAGGCUUCAGUUAUCAGAUAAUGGCCUCUGAAGAUCUUCAUGUUUUCUCACAGCUGUCCACAGCAAAUGUCACUCAGCGCAUUACUAUCCCGUACGCUACUAGCUUCAUGGUGAUAAAUCAUAGACUGAGGCAAAUAUAUGAGAUCGUAGAGCCUUCUGAGGAUGCGGAAUCUGGAGUGCCAACUUUGAAAGUGCAUGAUCGAGUCACAGUGAGGCAGGACACAGACAAACAUAUUUCACUGCAUUGGACAUCAGAUCCGAUAAGUGACAUGGUGUCGGACUCAAUUGUGGCUCUAAUCUUGAAUAUCAACCGGGAAGUCCCCAGGGUUGUCAUUGAAGCGGAGGACACAACAGCAGAGGAAGAGAAUGGUAGGAGGACAGAAAGGGUCAUUCAUGCACUUCUUGUAUCACUCUUUGGGGAUGUGAAGCCUGGAGAAAAUGGGAAGUUGGUGAUCAGUGUUGAUGGAAAUGUGGCACAGCUUGAUAAACAAAGUGGCGACGUUGAGAGUGAAAAUGAAGGCCUCAAGGAAAGAGUGAAGACAGCAUUUCGUCGAAUCCAAAGUGCGGUCAGGCCAAUUCCUCUCUUUGCAUCUUAGCUGCUGCUCUGCCGUA